AUGGCUGCCCUCCGUAGUAUCGUGAACAAUUUAGUAAGAAUCUGGAGGUUAACCCAUGUACGACAGAAUUUGCCGUAUCUUUUCAUAGGUAUUUCUUUAAUAGGGUCCAUCCUCAAAGAACUGGAGCUUGUUCCGAAGACCUACUUCAGUAACAGCAAAAAUUUCCUGAACCUAUACUUUGUAAAAAUUUCUUGGGGAUGGACCAUUUUCCUGUUGCUCCCAUUCAUCUAUCUGUCCAACUCUCACAAGAGGGGCAAUGCCUUUGUCUUACAGAGGCUGUCCUCUUUAUUUGUGGCGACUGUCAUCUGGUAUACAUGCACAGAGACCUUCUUCUACAUUGAAAACAUCACAGGAGCAUGCUAUGAGACUGAAUCCUCUGAGAGCAUUCGUGGAGAAUUAGCGUCGAAGGCAGAAUGCAAGAAAGCUGGUUUCUUUUGGAACGGAUAUGACAUUUCAGGACACUCUUUCAUCCUUGCUUACUCUGCUCUUGUGAUUGUAGAGGAAAUGACACCAAUGCUUCACCUGAGGAGAGCGGUUCAAACGCAAGGCACUGAAGACACCAUUCUGGAUGUUCUAUAUGUUAUGCUAAAUGCUAUAGUGGCCAUUUGGAUAUGGAUGUUUGGCUGUACCUCUGUCUAUUUUCAUGAUGUUUCUCACAAGGCCCUUGGAACUGGGUGUGCACUACUAUGCUGGUAUUUUACCUAUAAAGUUUGGUACCUAAAUCAGUAUUCCCCAUGCCUUCCUCCGCAGUACAGUGAACAGAAACAGCAUGCUUAA